AUGAGCAUCAAGUUGCCUGAUUCGGUUCCGUUGCAUAGGGGAUUAAUUAGAGAGUUUCAUGACAUAAGGGUUUCUGAUGUUUCUUCAUCUUUUGUUUCAUGCCAGAAGGAGAUCUAUGAUACUUUAAUGUUCUUUCUAGAGUCCGGGAUAGAUUAUGAAGAUUUAUGUCCCUUGGUCAAGUCUAAUUGUGACACCUAUAUACAGUUACUGGAACAAGAAGAGGAAUCGCAAGGGUUUCAAACGAAAUUUAAAACGAUUAAAGAAAACUAUAAGGAGAUGACUGAAAGUUGUGAGGUGUUUGAUUUAGAUACGAUGGAUAGAUAUGCUGAAAGGGAUAUUACAGCGCCCCAGCUUUCAAAAUUAUUGAAAGAAGCUAAUGACGGCUAUAUACCAAAGAUUAAGAUAUCUAUUACGAUGGUUGAUAGGAUAUUAAGAGCAUUCCCAUAUAUCUGGAAAGAUCCCAAGUGUAUUCUCCCAGACUCUUUACUUGGAGAUGGGUUCAAUAAUGAUGCGAAUGAAGAUGAAAUCGAGAUGGCUGGUGGGUCUAUAGAGUUGACAUGUCCAAUUACUACUUUGAUCUAUGAAGAACCAAUGAUAUCAAAAAAAUGUCAACAUACUUUUGACAAAAGUGGAUUAACUGAGUACUUGAAGAAUUCAGACACUAAUCGUUAUAUGGAGAAAGAUUGUGCUAAAGAUGGUUGCUCCAAGAAAAUUUCAAUGGAUGAUUUCUCUCCAGAUACAAUAAUGUCAUUGAGAUGUAAAAUUUAUCAGAUAAAGAGAAAUGAAAAUAACAAUAACAUGAAACUAGAGGCGCUGGAUGUACUCUGA